AUGUCUCUUACUCGGAAAGUUGCUCUUAUCACCGGUGGUGUGAAGAACCUUGGAGCCCAAAGCGCCCUUGAGCUAGCUGGCGAUGCAGCCACGCUGGAGGCAACGCUGAAGGAAAAGAACCCUUCAAUCAAGGUCAUCUUCUACCAGGGUGAUCUCACCUCUGCAGCUGCCGUGACGAAGCUGUUCCAAGAUGUUGUUAGGGACUUCGGCCACGUUGAUAUUGUGAUCAACACAGUCGGCAAAGUGCUGAAGAAACCUAUCACGGAGAUCAGUGAGGAGGAAUAUGACACGAUGUUCGCGGUAAACUCCAAGACUGCGUUCUUUGUUCUCAAGGAAGCCGCUGCUCAUGUUACCGACGGCGGAAAGAUCAUCAGCAUUGUUACUGCGCUCCUUGGCGCGUUUACUGGCUACUAUACUUCUUACGCUGGUAGUAAAGCUCCUGUAGAACACUUUACUCGGGGAGUGUGCAAGGAACUCCAGUCUCGCAGGAUCAGUGUUAACAAUGUCGCACCGGGACCAAUGGACACACCGUUCUUCUACCCCCAAGAAUCCCCGGAAGCCGUGGAAUUCCACAAAGCAAACGGCAUGGGCAAUCGCCUUACCAUGAUUGAGGACAUCGCUCCUAUUAUUCGCUUCCUUUGUACAGAUGGUGCUUGGAUUACUGGCCAAACUAUCUUUGCCAACGGCGGAUAUACUACUCGCUGA